AUGGUUAGGAGGGCCGGCGCACCUGUAGUGGCUCAUGGCCUGGAGGACGACACGGGCGAACUCGAUGGGGCCCGGGAUGAGCAGAAGAAGGACUGUGCUACUCGGUAUGGCACAGGCACGGCCCAGGGCAUCCGCCUUUUUACGAUGGGCAUGGGUGGCACAAACGCCCUGAUCGGUCCCACCGAGGCGGUCCCAGAAUGA